AUGAAAAAGUUCAAGAGAAGACUUUCCUUAACCUUGCGUGGAAGCCAGACCAUCGAUGAAUCUCUGUCUGAGCUAGCAGAACAAAUGACAAUUGAAGAAAACAGCAGCAAAGAUAACGGUGUGAGUAAUAAUGGAAGGAUCAGCUACAGUAAAGUGCAGCCCAUUGUGAAGAAUGGCAGGCCUCCAACGUCUCACAGCAUGCACUCAUUUCUCCACCAGUACACAGGAUCUUUCAAGAAGCCCCCUUUACGGAGACCACAUAGCGUCAUAGGGGGCAGCCUCGGCUCUUUCAUGGCAAUGCCCAGAAAUGGAAGCAGAUUAGAUAUUGUUCAUGAAAAUCUGAAAAUGGGGUCAGAUGGUGAAAGUGACCAAGCUUCUGGAACAUCCUCCGAUGAAGUUCAGUCUCCCACAGGUGUUUGUCUCAGAAACCGGAUACACAGACGAAUCUCAAUGGAGGAUUUGAACAAGCGCUUGUCCCUGCCUGCUGACAUCAGGAUACCCGAUGGCUAUCUUGAAAAGCUGCAGAUUAACAGCCCACCGUUUGAUCAGCCCAUGAGUCGGCGUUCUCGUCGAGCAUCCCUAUCAGAAAUUGGAUUUGGAAAAAUGGAAACCUAUAUCAAGUUAGAAAAGCUUGGAGAGGGUACUUAUGCAACGGUUUAUAAGGGAAGAAGUAAAUUGACAGAGAAUCUUGUAGCUCUGAAGGAAAUCCGCCUGGAACAUGAAGAGGGAGCACCAUGCACAGCCAUAAGAGAAGUGUCAUUAUUAAAAGAUCUGAAGCAUGCAAAUAUUGUUACAUUGCACGAUAUUGUGCACACAGACAAGUCUUUGACUCUUGUUUUCGAAUAUUUGGACAAGGAUCUGAAGCAGUACAUGGAUGAUUGUGGUAACAUCAUGAGUAUGCACAAUGUAAAGCUAUUUUUGUACCAGAUUCUCCGGGGUUUGUCAUACUGUCAUAGGAGAAAGGUGUUACAUCGAGAUCUGAAGCCACAAAAUCUGCUCAUUAAUGAGAAAGGAGAACUGAAGCUUGCAGACUUUGGACUGGCUAGAGCAAAGUCUGUUCCUACAAAGACCUAUUCCAAUGAAGUUGUCACGUUAUGGUACAGACCGCCUGAUGUUCUCCUUGGAUCUUCGGAGUAUUCGACUCAAAUUGACAUGUGGGGUGUCGGAUGCAUAUUUUUUGAAAUGGCAUCAGGAAGACCUCUUUUUCCUGGUUCGACUGUUGAAGAUGAGCUGCACUUAAUUUUCAGACUUCUAGGAACCCCCUGUCAAGAAACAUGGCCAGGCAUUUCUUCCAGUGAUGAAUUUAGAAACUACAACUUUCCGAAGUAUAAACCACAACCUCUUAUCAACCAUGCACCAAGGCUGGACAUGGAAGGAAUUGAAUUGAUAGCAAAGUUCCUUCAAUAUGAAUCGAAGAAGAGAAUUUCAGCAGAAGAGGCCAUGAAACAUGCAUACUUCAGAAGUCUUGGAACAAGAAUACACACUUUGCCUGAAAGUGUUUCAAUAUUCAGUCUAAAGGAGAUUCAAUUGCAAAAAGACCCUGGCUUUCGGAAUUCCACUUACCCAGAGACAGGCCAUGGGAAGAACAGAAGGCAGAGCAUGCUUUUCUAAAGUGGGUGACGCGGAGUCAAGCCCCUGCCCGUCCUGCCAGUCAAGGACUCGGAUCGGAAGGCAGUGCUCUCUGUUGGUGGACUCGGAAUCGCAGUUCGUCUACACUGUCCUCUUCACAGUGGAGUCUUUUUAUUUCCAACCUGCAGAUUAUGUUUUUAUAUUUGUUGUCACAGUGUGACAAUUUUUUGUACAGUUGGUUUUAAGGUCUCCUCUGCCACUAGAGCCAGUAGGUUACAGCUGUUGAUGUAACUGUAGCUGCAAUUUUUGUGCAGGACUGAGAAACACAGUGCAUUAUUUAUUGCGGAAUCAUUGCUGCUAAAUAACUACUGUCUGUAUAGUUAACACAACAGUUCCAUGCCUGAAGAAGUUGCAAUGGCUUUAUGAUAUGUGAAUGCCUCUGUUUCUCUUCAUAAAAUGUUCUACUGCUGCGGGGUUUUUUUUGUAUUUCUUAAACUGCAGUGUUUCCUGGAAUGUAAACAUAGCUUUGCUUGGCUAUAGGUGAACCAUCUUUAAUGCUCUAAGUUCAUGGCACUUAAUUCCUUAUUUAACAUUGGAAGUAUGUGUUGAAGUAGUUGAAAAAUUAUAAUGCGUAUUAUGUUUUUGAAAAGCACACAGUGUGAAAGUUGAUUCAAACAAGUGAACAGUAACUAUUAUUUGCUCUCAGAUCCUCUGUUAGUUAUUGGUAAAUUAGAGCGUGGAGACCUGACGACAAAUUUUGUCAGGCUUAGUCCCGCACAAGAUAUUUGUACAUUCUUGUGCACAGGGGGCCUGC